CCCAGGCGCGUCACAACGGCGCGGAAAGGAGAUGCCGCAGAAAGCGCGCUGGUGGUGCCGGGUGGGAGGUGCGAGAUUCCGUCGGGAGACGGAACGGGUCGGUGUGGGGGGUACAGCGCCAGCAAGGGGCCCCGGGUCACCCCCGCCGCCGGGUGUGCCUGCAAGGUUUUUUUUUCUGUCGCGCUCCUGAGAUGGGAUCCCGGUGAAAAGUAGCACCACGCAGACUGACGUUUAGUCUCCCCACUUCGUGGUUGCUUGGGGCGGCCCUGGCGGCUUCUCUCCCUUGGCAUGAAGUGCCUCAUUACUGGAGGCAAUGUGAAAGCCCUGGGGAAAGCAGUGCACACACUCUCCCGUGUUGGAGAUGAAGUCUACAUUGAACCACUGCAGGAAGGGCUGUCCUUGCGUGCAGUAAAUGCCUCUCGCUCCGCCUAUGCCUGCUUCCUGUUUGCCCCGCUCUUUUUCCAGCACUACCAGCCAAAGGAGUCAGGCCCUGACCCCGAUGCAGGUGUUCUCCGAUGCAAAGUUUUCAUGAAGUCUUUCCUGGCUGUAUUUCGCUCACUCCCCUCACUUGAGAAAACGGUGGAGAAAUGUCUCAUCUCACUGAGGCCCCGUGCCAGCCGGCUCCGUGUGCAGCUACACUGCAAAUAUGGUGUUGUCAAGACCCAUGACUUGUCAUUCCAGGAGUGUGAAUCGCUACAGGCUGUCUUUGACACAGGGCAGUGUGCCCAUUCUCUGCGUGCCCCUCCCAGGCUGUUGGUGGAUGCUGUGGUGCAUUUCCCAUUGACACUGGCUGAGGUGACCUUGGGUGCCAGCCCUGCUGGGAAGGUGAGCUUCCGCAGUUACCUGGAAGAGGAGACUGAGCUUGGCCGGAUGAUGGUGACAGAGCUGUGUUUGAGCGAGGAUGAGUUCCAAGCCUUCCAUGUCAAGCAGGAGACUCAAGUCACUUUCUGCCUUAAGGAAUUCCGGGGUCUUCUGAGUUUUGCAGAGUCCUCCAAUCUUCCCCUUAGCAUCCACUUUGAUACCCCUGGCAGGCCAGCUAUCUUCACUUUGGAGGACCCUGUGCUGGAAGUGCACCUAGUUCUGGCCACAUUGUCAGAACCUGAAAGCCACAGUUCCCAGACAACCAGCUGCACAUCUAAGCCCCUGGCCCCUGCUUAUGACUUCACCUGUGAUGACAUCGAUGCCUACAUGAUUGCCAUGGAAACGACGUGUGAUGGCACAAGGACAACAGAACCACCUCCGAGCCCCACCUUCCCCCUGAGGCACAGCAGUUUAGGUACAAGGGAGCCAGAUAGUGAUCAUGAGGAGACUGUGCCAGGCACACCACCACAAAAAAGGUUCCGUUCCUUAUUCUUCGGCUCAGUCCUGAGCCAGUCCCAGUCCCAGCUCUAUCCAUGUUCCAGCCAGGAUGUGUUAGCAGAGGAUAGUGAAGGAGAAUCCUAGGAUCAUCAUGACAGACAUUCUAAUGCUACUAUCCCUGGGAGGAGAGCUGACUGAACUGCUCUUGAAUGGACUGGGGAUCCUAGGUCUCUGCUCUCCAAAUGAGUUUUCUUCCAUCCCAGGCAAAAUCCGCACACAUACUUUUAAUAUGUGAAUUGAUCUGCUCCUGUACCAUGCUGUGGGGGUGGGGAGAGUCUCUUGCUUUCUAUGAGUAGAAAAUAGGUUUCUAUGCCACUGAAUAGAUCUACCUUCCUGCCCAGGGAAAUGGCAAGAUCAACCAAUUGCAAGAAAGUUGACUAAACUGUGGACCUAACCAACUUAUUUCUAGUUGUUUUGGGUGUGGUGUGGGAUAGAGGGCACCAGCUACAGCUUUACUUCACUGCCAGCCAAGACUUUAAAGCAGUCUUCCUCUGCAAUUAAACUGUUUAGCAGCUGAACCCAUCAUGAUACAGGAGCUAAAGAAUUCCAGAAGGAAGGGGAAACAGCCAAAAAGGUGUUAAAGCUUCAGUGAAGAGUAACAUGUGGAAGGUACUGUGGCAGAUGGUGAGACUCAACAAGGGCACAGCUCUUUCGCUUGCCUUCUGCAGGACAGCUGCGUACACUCCAGUAUUUAACUGUAAGUUGAAGCUUUGUCCUAUAUUAACCAUCCAUAAAGCCAUUUGAAAAGAC